AUGUUUGACAUAUUUGCCAAGCUCCUCUCCUCUAUAGCAUCCUUCCUCUUCCCGUUAUUCGCCAGCUACAAAGCCCUCAAGACAUCCGACCCAGCCCAACUUACACCAUGGCUCAUGUACUGGGUUGUCCUCGCCUGCGCGCUCCUCGUUGAGUCCUGGACCGAGUGGUUUCUCUGCUGGAUCCCCUUCUACGCCUACCUCCGCUUCUUCUUCCUCCUCUACCUCGUCCUCCCCCAAACCCAAGGCGCCCGGUACAUCUACGAGGAAUACGUCCACCCGAGACUCGAAGAAAACGAAACCGCCAUCGAGGAACUCAUCGCCUCGGCCCACGACCGUCUGAAAGCAGCAGGUGUCGCCUACCUCAAGCAAGCGAUUGAAUACCUCAAAACCAACAUCCUCGGCUUCCCCCCUUCCCCCGACGCUGCCUCCUCCGCUUCCGCCUCUCAACCUACCCAACCUCAAACUCCGCAGUCAUACACCCAAUCCCUCCUCGCGAAAUUCACCCUCCCCUCCGCCCGCUGGGGCAGCACAGCAGGCGCAACACCCCCUUCUCACACCGCCAGCCUCGGCUCGGAUUUUUACUCUUUCCUCGCCUCGGCCGUGUCCGCUGCUGCCUCGGCCUCUGCUGCUCCCUCAACCCCGACACCGCAGCAACAGCGACCAGACUCAUGGUCAAGCAUCAUCCCCCCUUCUGUCCGUGGAGCGGGCGCCUCAGCUCGUAUGUCGUUUAUUCAAGCUCAGCGAGAGAGACUCAACAUUGUCAUGUCGGCGCUUGACCGGGAGGAACAGGCAGCUUUGCAUGAUAACCGGCUGGGGUCGGUGUCGCAGGAUGGGUCCCCCGGGUCGGCCAGCGGUUUGUCCAAGAGCCGGUCAGAGCAGGAUUUUGAAAAGCUAGAGGCCGAGAGUGGGGAGGAGGAUGAGCCGAGGGUCCACAGGAGGCAGGUGCCGGAGAGGGGUACUUCGACGGGGGGUUGGAUGCCGUGGGCUUGGGGACAGGGGGGGAAUACUGCCGGUGCUGGUGGGAAGAAGGAGGAGCAGGGGAGGAGCUCGGGGUUUGAUGGGGGACAAUAG